GAGUGCAGGAAACAAAUCAGUUUGAAUUAAUUUGAAUCAAUAAAUUUUAUUUCAAAGUUUAAUUUAUUUCAAAUUUGACUAUUCUGAGGUUGUGUUUUAUCGUAAUGUUAAAAGGAAAUAUCACAAAUAAUUGGAAAGAAAAUACACAUAUGAAAAUUAGAUCAAUUUAACUAACAAUCGGUUACCAUAUUUUGUUUUUUAUACAGAUUUGAGAGGGGAUUUCCGUCAAGAACCCAGCGACACCAUGGCUCUGCUUGGGGAGGCGGUGGUGUUGGAGUGCUCCCCUCCUCGUGGGCACCCGGAGCCGGAGGUUAGCUGGGAGAGGAACGGACAAACGGUGGUAGAAGAUGGGAUUAGAGUGAGAAUACUGACAGAUGGAAACCUGGUUAUAUCACAGCCCAAGUCAAGUGACAUAGGGAAUUAUGUCUGUGUAGCAACCAACUCUGAGGGAGCCAAACGUAGUGCUGCCGGACGAUUGAUCAUAAAUUCGCGUCCUGCUUUCACAGAGGUCCCUUUCGACACAUUGGCCAUCCCGGGCGAGACCAUCACCCUUCCCUGUGUAGCGGAGGGCGAGCCUGCACCCACCAUCAGAUGGGUGAAGCAAGAUGGCACUCUACCACUGAACAGGAAUACCAUGUUGCAAGACAGCUCUCUACGGAUCAGCAAUGCAGAGUCGAGCGAUUCAGGCACCUACAUCUGCACCGCUCAGAACACCUGGGGUGAUAAGAGCGUGGAAGCGAUCGUCACCGUCAGCUCUGCCCCAAUGUUCACCCGUGUACCGGUGGAUCGGACCGUGGUCGUAGGUCAAGAUGCGUUCUUCCUCUGCCAGGCCACUGGGCUUCCCACUCCAUCAAUCUACUGGAAGGAACGAGGUGCAAAGCCCCUCAUGUUCCCUGGUGACCGUAACGCACAAUUCGAGGUGACCAAUGACGGUCGGCUUCACCUUUUUUCGGUCACGCGAGAGAACGAGGGAUACUACGUCUGUUCGGCGAUGAGCGGAAGGGGGUCUGUCGAGGAUUCUGCCUAUCUUAGGGUUCUUGACGAUAACCUACCCCUACCGCCCAUCAUCCACAUCGGACCGUCCAAUCAGACGCUAGUAGAAGGGAGCCCCGCCCAACUGAUAUGCCAAGCAGAAGGACGCUCCCAACCGUCCAUCGACUGGCUGAAAGACGGAGCGCCUUUACAGCUUGUGGGAACCAGAAUCACAUUGGAUGGGUCAGGAACGCUCAAAUUCUCCUCCCUGACGCCGGAUGAUGCAGGAAGUUACACCUGCAGUGCUGCUAACAGCGUAGGAGCAACCAAAUGGUCCUCAUCACUCCAAGUCAUCAGGAGAGCAUUUGCAGGAACGGAGCAGGUGCACGAAGCUCCAAGCGUAACACAGCUACCUCAGGCACCAGGGUUUCCCAUCGUUGAUAACAUCACCAGGACGACCAUGAGGCUCACCUGGCCUAGCGCCAGGCCCCUGCCAGACAGGACAGUGUCGCUGACUGGAUACAGGGUGGAGUACUUUACUCCGGAUAGAAUAACAGGAUGGACAGUGGCUGCUGUACGCAUCCAAGGAAACUCCUUCGAGGUACGGAACCUAGAACCAGGGUUCACGUAUGUCUUCAUGGUACGAGGGAUCAACGCCCACGGCUACGGCCCUCCGAGCCCCGUCAGCAUAGCUGCUAACACCCCUACCGGUACCCAUCGCGAGGUGCCGGGCCCCAACGCGGAGCCAGGGGUCACCACACCAGCUACAGAGGGAGCUGAAAGCCGGGAUAUUCUGCAAGAUAAGUUGGAUAACUGUGGGGUCUAUAUCAAGAGAGUCCAAGUUCUCGGCACACAAGCCAUUAACGUCACAUGGCAGAUUAUUCGUAACGGGGAUUACAUCGACGGCUACUACCUCAAGGUGACUCCCCAGGUCAAGGCUCCGGGCAUCUUUGAGAUGAACCGAGUGGUCAACGACAAGACCGCCGUCCAGGGCGGGCUGCAGCCAUGGACAGAGUAUGCGAUCACCAUUCAGCCAUACCACGGGGCAUGGCAUCGAGGCAGGGAGAGCAGGAAGGUGGUCAUAAAGACAGCCCAGGAUGUUCCAAGAGCCCCGCCAAAUUCGAUCAAAGCUCGUCAGAACGGUUCCACGUCCAUCAAGGUCAGCUGGCGCCCUCCCGCAGUCAACCAGGUCCCUGGGAUCAUCGCUGGAUACCACAUCUUCUGCCUCAGCGAGAACCCGCCCCAUCAUCCCAACAUCACCACCAGGAAUAACCGCACGUUGGAGGUCGCCGUCCCUAACCUCCGACCCGGAGCACAGUAUGGGGUUAAGGUCGCGGCCUAUACCAUCGCAGGGAUGGGACCCUUCAGUGAUAUCGUCUACGUCACCCUGCCUCCAGGUCCUGAUGACCCAGAGAAGAGAGGCAGUAAUGACGGUCUGGACUCCGGGGGUGGGAUGGACAUCUUAUCAGAGCCCUGGUUCUAUGCGGCAGUGGCCCUAGCCCUCCUCUUCGUCAUCACAUCAAUCUUUCUCCUCUUCUGGCGUCGUCACAAGAAGAAACCUUGCUCGCCUGUUGGAAAUGGUAUGAUAAGCAAGGACAAUGUUACAGUUCAAAAUAUGGCCGCAAGACCGACUCAGCUGAAUGGGACGGCUCAUCCGGAAGGGGAGCACACAUGGACUUCCAAUUGUCCUCCACACUCACAUAACCACCAAGGUUGUAUGGGUAACUGCUGUACAGGCAAUGGUUCCUCCGGAGACGACACCCUAGAAAAGAACAAGGCCCCUCCGGCAUCUAAGUGGCCCAACGGUGCCCCGCCUGUCUGGCUUCAAGAAGUUUACAAUCCCAAAUAUCCAUCCCACCUGCAGAGUCAGGUGAGCAAAGAGACGCACCUCACGCAUGAUAGUCAGAGCAGUUCAGGAUUUGGUUCAUCCUUCCCUACUCUGAGUACCUUCCAUGGAAUGAUGAUGCAUCCAAGCUCACCGGAGUAUGCAGUGGUUGAAAAUGAGGCCGAGAUGGAUGAAGAAAUGUGCAUGCAUGCCGGCAGCACCCUUCCUAUCAUUCCAAGCCCUGGUUCCGGACGACCUCCGCCCCAGUACAACCAGCACCUUCACUUCCCCCACCACCAGAUAUCAGAUGACCCCGAACCUUACGCCUCGGCGACCCUCGUCCAACCUCCCAACAUGCGAGAGUACCCCGCCCGACGACAGAACUGCAGUGAUAAUAGUUCGGAGUGGUCGGGCUCAUGGCAGUCGUCGAAUAGAGAUGGGCGUCGACCCGGUCGGAUGGUGAAGCCUGGAGGGCAUGGUAGCCCCCGGGGUUGGCACGCCCCUUACGAUGGCCCACCGGCUGUACCAGACAGAGAUAUGGGUUACUCAGACCAAGGUAGUCAGUACUCAAGAUGCAGCUCAGCAUCCAAGCGAUGCAGACAUCCUCACGCUACCACACCCGGUAGACAACCUCAGCGAAACUGGGCGGAGUUCCUGCCCCCACCCCCUGAGCAGCCCCCAACAGACAUGGACUCUCCUGGGGGUUCAUUGCCCCCCUCCCAUCCCGGGUCCAUCAAGUCUUCCUUCUACCGGAGGGGCAGUAGCCCGAACCAGCACGCUCAGGCGUAUGUCCAAAUCAACCCAGGGGCGUGUGAGGAAUGCGAGGCCGCGGCGACACAUCAUUGUCCUCCGGUACCUCCGCGCAAUCACCAGCAGAGCCCGCUUCUCAAUCAGCCCCUCUCCGGGAACAACUCGCCCGUCCCCAUCUAUCCACCACCGCUUCUCCCCCAGCAAUCCUGUAGGACGGAGAUUCCAGGCCCAGGGUCGCAUUUCCAGCCCAUCAACUCGUCCCUGAGUCCGCCCCCAGGCGAUAGCCCCAGCCACCAAAGGGGUGUGCAUAAACUGAUUAAGACCCCGCCCCCGGUCCACAACACUACUACCAGCGGGAACAUGACACCGGAAUUCGGUGGGUGCUCAAAGCAAACUGUCAUACCCUUACAAUCGGGGCCAGGGAGCCCGGGAAGGGGGUCGCAACAAAUGCACCAGCAGUCGAUAGCACCGCAAAGAGUGUUUGAAGACCCAAGGCACGCCCAGAUCGGUCAGGAGUUGCUUAAAUAUAUGACCAGGAAUGAACUGGAAGCAAUGUCGGAGGAUACCCCAUAUGCACCCAUGGAAAUGACCCUAAAAAAUACUGAAGGGUCAAAUUCCGCUGUCCAUCCCUCCCUAAGCGAGGUAGAGACCACCGAACUCAACAGUUUGGAUAGUAAGGAUAGAGACAUGGAUACAGCCAGUAAUUGUACAGGGUCGAUGUUAGCUUACGGUAGCAGCAGUAAUGGAAGCAGGAGAAACAGUGUCGUCAGUACGAGUUCGGACGGCUCGUUCUUCGCCGAGACGGACUUUGCCAAUGCAGUGGCAGCAGCAGCACACAAUGCUGGAGUAUUGGUCAUGCAGAGAGACACGCCACUUUCAAGUCAACAUUUGCUGAGAGAAGAUACUGUCUGAUGCGGGAAGAAAAGAUGGAAAAUAUUGUAAUUUCACUAUGCGUGGAGGAGGAGCUGAAGGAAAAAAAUACAGUACAUUUAGAUAAAUAAAGUUUGUAAAUGGCAAGUUUAUAUUAUUAAAUAUUGUAAAUAAACAUGAAUUAUAAAAAAAAUAUGAUAAAUUUGCCAAUGACAAUCGCUUUCUUAUUUUCAUUUUUUUUUUUAAAUUUCAACACAAAAAGAGCUGUGCCUGAGAUAUUAGUUAUUUGUUGACAUGUAUUAUGUUGCUUUGUUUAUCUUUUUAAUUUGCCAUGAUUUAUUUGAGUUUACACAGGUGUUUGAUGAUUAAAAUGAAAGCCAUGGAAGGUAUAUGUUUCGAAUUUUUUAAAAGUUCUUUCUGUGGCUAAAAUUGUCAGAGGGAGGUUUGAGAAAAAGUUAGAUAUCUGUAGGAGCAGUAGAAAAAUAAAUAUUUUCAUACUAUAAUACAAAGACUGAAUGAAAAAAUAAAUGAGUACGGUCUAUCCUGUAUUCACAUGUAAGAAUAAAUAUGAUUUAGACAUAAGGGAAUGGAGCUUUUCAACAAUUUAAUUUUAAAUCAGUAUUAAUAACAAAAAUUACUAUUCAGAGGUUAUACAAUAAGCUAAUGUUAAAAAUUGUUAUAGAUUCUUUUGGGGGAGUAAAAUAAGUCAUGUUUAAAUAGAUAUAUUUAGCAGCAUACUUCAACAUGCUGACUACUGGUAUACUACAAGGCUCUCUUUCCUUGCAUCUUUAAACAGUUUAAAUAAAGAAUUAGAAUAUGCAAAUGACAUAAUCAGCUGUAUAUAGAAAGUUACGGGAUGAAAGAAAAGUUCUAUAUUGUAGGUUCACGAUAUUAUGCAAUAUUGCGCCUGAUGAAAUUCCAAUUGGAAUUGGGGAGGAAAAGAGAAAAGAAAUAUUUUUAACUGCUUUGUUUGUAUUUAUAAAUAAGAAAUAUAUUGAUAAAAGUUGAAGGGGGAGGGAAAAGGUGAAUAAGAAAAAUUUGAAUGGUUGUGUAUUGAAUUACAAAAAAUGGUAGAACAUUUUUGUUUUGUGAGCAAUUGUUGAAUUAUGUAGAAAAAAAACGUAUUUACCCUAUUUGUUAUAGCUUGAUGUUUCAAAUGCAAUAAACCUACUUUGGAUAAAACAUCGAAAAGAUGACAGAAAAGCAUAUAAGCGUGUAACAAGCAAUACAAUGCACAGAAAAUUCAUAUUAAUUACACUGUUUAUUGACUUCAACUAAUAAGGUUCAUCACUUUUAAAGCAUUUAUUUCUGCAUAUAUCUUUUAUGCACAUUGUAUUUAUAUACACCGACAGAGUGAAGAUGCAAAUUGAAAUAAUACAAAAUAUUGUUCCUUUCAGUAUUGCACAAAAGCAAUCUUUUUUUUUUUUAAUAAUUUUUUGCACCCCUCCAAGUAAAAGGUCAACAGAGGUCAAAAUUUGCUGCAGUUAUGCUGACAACAUAACAUGUGGAUCUGAUGGGCUUUCUUAUAUAGCUGAGGCGAUGAGCCGUGCUUCAUACAAAGUCAUUGGAAAUAUGCAUACACAUAUAUCAUCAAGUCAAUUUUAGGUCGAAAACUUCUGAUUUUCAAAGCUUUAGGUUUUUGAGUUUUAGGAGAGCUGUUACUUUUCUGAUAAACACUAAAAUAUCACAUAAAUGAUACUAGUGUAAUCUUAUGGCUUAUAGGCUUUCUGUUGAUAUAUAAUUCACCUAUUUCAUAUUUCAUUACAUACAGGGUCUUAAAUAGUUGAUUCAAACACAAAAUAAAUUCUUUCAAAUUCUACUUUCAUAGUUUGGUGUGACUACGGGGGCCAAGCGUAGAAUGAACAUGAUCGAUGGUGAGGUUGGUUGAAAUAUACAGAGAGGUUAUGUUAUGAAAAAUGUUACUUUGCUUCAUGGUUAAGUUGAAUUUGUUUUCUUUGUACAUAACAAAUUUAUUGCUGAAAACCAAAGGUGUUACAAGCUAAAAUCCAGUCAGAAGAAUCAAUACCCGAUCUGAUUUCUGAAUAGCUAAAAGGUUGCAAGUCCUUCUACCAUUGUGCAGAAAAUCCUUGACUGGUUUUUAUGUCUUUGUACCGGAGUUGAUUUUUUUUUUACUAGAUUCCAUAUGAUUACCACCGUUCAGAUUUUAAGAUAGAUAUUUAUAUGAAUAUUAUAUUAAAUGAUUGUAGAAUGAAGAGAUAAUGAAGAGAUAUUGAAGGCAGUUUAUAUUUAUGUGAGUUGUAUUUUUAUGUUUCUUUAAGUGAUAUGCAUACUUUUGUUGAAUUGGAUGGAGUAGGAGAAAUCUUCUCGCUCUUCAGCGCGCUAUGAAAAGAAAUGAGUAAUUUUCUGAUUUUUUUUUUGUAUGCCACCAUUUCUUACAUAUCGCAUGAUAAAUAAAAUGCUGAUAUUUUUGUUUUCUCUCUUGUUUAAGAUGAUUAUUGUCAAGUUUUUAAGUGCAGUGAUGUUUAUGAACAUAGCUUGUAAAAAUAAAAAUACUGAGAUUUAUUACUGUGGCUUGUAAGAUUAUAAAAUUGCCCUGUUUAUCUUAACUAUGUACAGGCUGAGGAAAAUAAAACAAAUAAAACUUGUUUCUAUUGUA